AAUGCACUGUGGCACGAGUUAGACGAGACAGCUCAAUGCCAUGCAGCGUGCUACUGGCAAGUACCGUUGUUAUCUUUUGGAAGUAAAAGCCUUUUGCUUCUGGGAGCUUAGGAGCAUGUAAAAAAAAAAAAACCUUAGUAGCAGAGGCCUGUAACAUCUGUACACUGAAAUCCAUUUACUGGGCUCUUUGAGGAACUAUGGGAUAGCUUGCAGGACUGAGGAGGAAAGGAUGAAAUACAACUUUUUCCCCUUAGGCCGUGUGAUGAGGAAAUGGUGGAGAGGACAAGUUCUGUACUCUCGGAACCAGUGGACCUGCAGUUUGAGGAGUUACAGUGUGGGAAAACGGACUUUCUAAACAGCUGAAUGAUGAUGUCAGGGACUAGGACCUUAGGAAUAAAUAGCCUGGCUGAUGAAGAAUUGAGGCACAGAAGCCAUGUGGACCCUUCCCACAGUCGCAGAGAGCUGAAGCUACUCGUUCGGUAUCAAAGUGGUGCAGUUUUCAGCAGCAAAUAGUUAUUCUGUGCGUGCACGCAUGCACACAUGCCCAAGUGGCAACUGGGGUUUCGGUCACUGAAAGAGCUCCAGGUCAUGUUUUUCAGUCAGCCGGAGACAGAGGUGUGUCUAUGGGCUGGACCUUGGCUAUCACCUGAUGGGAAUGGGAUGGUGGCCAGUAGACUCGAUUUCUCCCCUUGUAUCCUGACUGCUCUUUGGCUCUACUGGGGUGGCUGACUGUCACAUUUUCCCUGAAUAUGGAGUCAAAGCAAGCAACACUUUAUAGAGUGCUAACUUUCAUAUCAACUCAGGAAACGGAAGAGGUGAUAUCACAAUUGCCUCUGGGUCCCUUUAUGAUCACAGUUCUUUAAGAAAAGAUGUUUCUGAGAAGAGCUUAUUGAAAACAUUAAUGAAAAUCUCAAUGAAAGUAGGGCUAUUGAUUGGAGAUACGAAAACAGCAAGGAUGGCUAACUGAAAAAAUAGGUAGGAAGUCUAAUGAGAAUGGAGGACAGCUAAGGUAAGGCUGCCUGGAAACACCAGAGAAUCCGGCAGCAGAGUGACCUCCACACGCCCAGCAAUGCUACUGCCCUAACAGAGCAGGUGGGGAAUGUUCUGUUUACUCCACUUGUGCUUCUAUUUGGCCAACUUCGCCUCUUCAAUUAAAAGGACACAUGCUGUUAACGGGUGCUGUGGAUUACAGAUGAUCGCACUCUGGGCACAGUCCUCUGGAAAUGCAGAUGCCCAUGUGGAGGAAAUUCUGGCGGGAGAGGAGCGGCGACUCGCCGCUCUGCUUGGAUCUCAAGGCACGAGGUUCUGGGUGUGCCUCGCAGCCUGCAGAGCCACGCGGGGCCUUGCUGCCAGACGAGGACGGGCUGAAGACAGCAGCUCCUCUCCAGUGGAUGCCUCCAAGUUCCCAUGGAGGGGUGGGGAGCAUCGCACCACCAUGAUGCCUUGUCUGCUGCGGGUGGGAGUUUUCAGGCCCUGUCAUGUGAGACCCACGGGGGCUCCUUCCUGCGAUUUGCAGCCUCCACAACUCGGCUUCUCCAGAGUGCCAGAUACACAGGUGGCAUUUUAUGGCAGUGGUCACUGGGACCCAACUCCCUUCUCUGUACACAGCUGUUUUUUUAAUUUCCAGGUCAGAAAAAUUAUCUUCCUACUUUGAACUCUUUCUCCCUUUUGCCAAAAAUGUUUUUCUCUUACAAUGCAGAAGCAGAACACAGCUCCUGCUCUUGAAAUACUGGAUGGAUGUUUCAGAGGGUAUUGUGAGGCUUGGAGCUCCAGCCAGUGACAUUCCAGCCACAUCCUUCUCUCCUGGCUCCACUUCACAGAGGCUGGCUGUGUCUCUGGACUACACCUCAGAGCUAAUCUGCUUUCUGGAAGGGUCAUGUUUACUUCUGCUGGUGCUGUGCAUGUAGGAGACAGCUGUGGCAGUACCAUGAGCAAGGGAUGCAGAUGCUCAAGGGGGACCAGUCAGGGGACACGGGGAGGGUUUGGCCUCUCCAGCCAGGGGCUCGCCACCUCCAUGGUGUAAACAUCCAUGUGAACAAAAAAGUUCUAACAAGUACCAGCACACUGAGAAUAUUUUAAACCACAACUAUCGUGGAAAAUCUGGGAGGGUGGUUCCUAGGUCCAGGGUGGAAAAGUAGCUGAAAACCUGGUAGGGUUUGAAGAACAAUCAGAGGCGGCCUUCCACUUCUGAGAACAGUUCCUGUGAGUCACCUGAUGUUGUUCUAGAUUAAUUCUAUCAAAGAUAGUGUUGGUCAACCCGGCUGCAGGCACUUGAUUUCCUCUAAAAGCUCUGGAUAACAGAAGCAGAGCUGUGAAGAAAGUCAAGUUGAAUAAAAUGCUUCCACUUAAAAGAAUAGGGCUUUUCCUUGAAAUCGUCCAAUGGAUCGACCAUUUCCUCUCAUUUAUUAUUAUUAUCAUCUCCAUUCCCAUGCGUGCUAUUUAGACAAGGAAGGCUGGAAGCAAGUGACAGGUGCGGCAGUGCGCAGCAAGGCCUCUGCACCUGGCCCGUCAGUAGGGCCGGCACGCAGCCUGACUACUGAGUUUCUUCUGCCUCAUUCCUCUCCAGAGGCCCUCAACUUACAAUAGAGACCCAGGAGCUGGGAGAUGACUGAAUCUGUUAACAUGACACAGAAGGACUAACCCAUAAACAUGAGCGUGAAUGUCUUUUGUUGGGGGACUAAGGAGAUGACACUGAAAAGGAGAAUCACAAGCCAAGUGCCAUAAGCAGAUCACAUUCCCUGCAAGCUGCCCUGCUAGGCUUUAUCCCAAAUCAAAGAAAAAGGGAGAAUGUCUUAAUAUUCUCAAGAUUUGUAACCACUUCACUGGGGUAAGUUUUCCUUUGUAUAGAUGACGGAUUAUCCUUCUAAGCUGCAAGCUGAUAAAUGAGAAGCUAAGUAUAAAAUAUCUAGAACUAAGGUAGACGAAGAUGUCUAUAUGUGCACUGGGUGUCACUUAUAUAUCUGCCUGUGUUAUUAAGGGCACAAAGGUUGUGUGGGGCUGUGUAAACUAUAGAUAUUAGGAAUACAGAUUAAAACAGUAAUUUCACAAUGCAAGUAGUGCCAAGCCACGAAAA